AUGUCGAAUGAUUAUGCACUCUUCAUGAUUCUUCUACCAAAUGACUUCGAGCAAACAAUUUCAACUCGAUCUGAAAUCAAACACACUGCUUCGACUUCUUCGGUAAACGCAAUCUCAGCUUUGAUCACUCCCGCAUCGAUCAUUUGUCCUCGGCGUGCUUCGGUUAUUGAUAAAGACAACAGUCAAUCUCAAGAAUCAUUAUGCAUUGCAUUAAAAACUUAUUUGACCGAACAAAAUCGUAUCGAAGCUCUCUGGAUGCGAUCAGAAGACGCAAAAAUAUAUCAAAUCACGUUCUAUGUCGAAUUUGGCUUUGUUAGCGAUCGUACGCUACAAGAUCUACUCAAACUCGGGAUUGGUAAACGCACCAAUACGAAAAUCUUUGUUCUACCGACUGCAAUUAUUCUCGAAGGACAUGGUGAGUCAAUUUCGAGUCUGUCAUCACCGGAAGAUUCGACCCAAACUGACUCAUUACCAGCUAAACUGAAUGAUGAAACAUUAACAAAGAAAAUUCGAAAGCGAAUUAACGUAUCGAACUUUAAAAAGAGCGUCCGCGCUCGUUUGAUGGUUCAUCAAGUCGUCGCAAGUAUUCGUGCGUCAACUGCACUUUCAUUUGACUUUGUUCUACUCAUCUGCUUGGCAUCAAUGUUAGCGGCAUUCGGUUUAUUGGAAAAUUCGACCGUUAUUAUCGUUGCUAGUAUGUUAGUGAGUCCGCUGAUGAACCCAAUUCUUGGCGUUGUAUUUGGACUCUCUGUACGCGAACAUUCACUGUGGAGAAGAGGUUUACGAAAUGAACUGAUCGGGUUGGUUAUUUGUAUCAGUUGUGGGUUUAUUCUCGGAUUGUUUACAACAUUUGCUGAGACGAAAUGGGGAAGUUCAACAAGUUUUCCAACCGCUGAAAUGAAGUCACGUGGAGAUAUUAAACGUUUAUGGGUCGGAGUAUUAAUUGCUCUACCGAGUGGAGCAGGCGUAGCACUUUCGGUACUUGGUGGAAACACAGGUUCACUCGUUGGCGUUGCUAUCUCAGCAUCUCUUCUACCACCGGCUGUGAACUGUGGGCUCCUCUUUGCUUAUACAAUCCUCGGUAAUUCCUUUCCCAGUGUUGCUGCGAUUGAGAAUUCAUCGAUAAAUCAAACUCAACAUCACUAUUCCACCAAUCUUAAUUGCACAAAGUACAUCAACAAUGAUUAUCAAUCGCUAUACACGUGUAAUUUAGCUAUUGAAACAGCAAUUCUCGCUGGUUGCAGUUUGUUAUUGACCAUUGUAAAUAUUAUUUGUAUUAUAAUCAUGGCUCUGUUCAUCUUGCGAAUCAAAGAAGUCGUACCGCUACAUCAACCGAAUAAGGACAUCACAAAUUUCUUCCAUUACGAUGUGAAAGUUGCGCGUGAUUACAAUAAAACUAUUCAUGAAGAUGAUUUAGAACCGACGAACAUGACAACAACCCGAAGUAACUUACAGCAGUCAAUGAUUAACCGGUGGAAAAUCUUUCGAUCGUUGACUUCGAAUGACAAUUCACAGCAUCAACAAGAAAUUGGACAAACUUUGUCAGUGAAUGCAGAUCAGGAUUUAUCCGAUGCUGAAAUACGACGGAAAUUACUUGGAUUGAACACAUUUGUGAAAGAAUACAAUCUUGAUGUUUUCGACAAAAAUGACUAUGAUUUGUUGAGUCCCGUAAGUCGAGAGAAGGUUCGUUUGCUUGUCAACGAUCUUCUGGAUAUGUGUCAAGAAGAAACUCCUCUUACCUUCAUCAAUUUAUUCAAUUUACAACCUUGUAAUUCUCAGUCAUCGGGUGAAACUCAACAGCAUUCAUUUUAUCAAGAAAUUAUCGAAAUUUUACCACCGAAAUGGUACGAUUUAUUCAUUUACGAACAAAAACAACGACAAAUUCGAUCGUGGUCAUCGGCAUUCAAGCGAACGUAUUCGUUACGUGUUCCGAAAUUCGAUAAAUCCAUAUCGGAAUCUAACGAACAUCACUUCACGCCACGGAGAGCCCAUGUUCGUCGGCAAAGUUCAGUACCCGAAUCCAAUCUUCACGCGCUCAGCUUCAACCAGGAAAUCGAAACUCCAGUAGAAGGAACUCGUUUUCGUAUAACUCGUCCAUCUAUAACAACCGAAAUGUUUCUAACUGAAUAA